CACAAGAUCAAAAAUCUUGUCUAUGAACAAGUGCAAACUCAAAUAAUGGUGUAUUUUGGUCGAAAAAGUAUGAUUAAUCAGAUUUACAGUUUAUAGUUGAAUUAAUUUUCUCACCUAAAUAUAUUCCCAAUCAAAUAUCAUGAGCCUGGCAAUCACUACAAGUGACAGAACAGCCCUUUACAACAACCUUUGAAUUAACUGACAAAAUCAUUUAUCGCCUGCACCAGUGCCUUUAUUCGUCAAGCGUAAAUGUUCGGAAAAUAAGUUUUUUUUUAAUCUGUAAUAAACACCAGUGGAUAUGUUUUGGAAACAUAAUGCGAACUCCUCUCAGGAAAUAGGGGCUCUCCUUGGAAAAGAAGAUGUUACUCUUCUCGAAGUGAUGGAUUCUGAUGACAUUAUCAAUGAAUGUAGAGUUCAAAAUAAGGCCUUAAUAGACUUUUUACAAAAGCCAAAUAUUUUGGAAGAAUUAGUGAUACUUACCACUAAUGAGCCACCUAUAGAACUUGAGGAUCAUGUUCGCUACAAGUAUCCUAACAUAGCAUGUGAAUUAUUAACAUGCGAUGUUCCGGCUCUCAAUGAAAGACUUGCUAGUGAUGAAUUGCUUCUGGAAAAAUUAUAUAAUUUCCUUGAUAGGGAGCCACCAUUGAAUCCAUUAUUGGCUUCCUUCUUCAGUAAAAUUAUGGGUGCCCUUAUUGCAAAGAAGACUGAGCAAAACUGGUUGUCCUAUCGUUUUACUUGCUUACAGGUCCUAGACUUUUUAAAAGCCAAGGACACAUUUAUAUCAUUACUGCUCAAACAUAUAGGCACGUCAGCUAUAAUGGAUCUUAUGCUCAAGUUAUUCACCCAAGUGGAAGGCAUCGAAACUAAGCAGAAUAUAUUGAAUUGGUUAGACAGUCAGCAAAUUAUACAGUCUUUGGUCUGCAUGUUCAAUCCAAGUAUCGAUAAGGAUAGACAUUAUAACGUAGCUCAACUUUUAUGUGAUUUUCUAAGGAUUGCAAGGGAAAAUCAGAAGAAUUCUUUAGAAAGAGCUGAUCCAGAUCCUCUGCUCAAUACUCUAGAAUCUUCUGAAAUAGUCGAUUUAUUAUUGGAAACAAUCCUGGAUAAAGAUAAAUGUGAGUCUUCCAUAGUAGGAGGUAUUCAAGUCUUGCUUGCACUUCUUGAUGUUAACCAAACCAGUUUCAGUAUUUCUAAGUUCAAUUCGUUAACCAGCUAUAGUGACAUAAACGAUGAAGCUAAUGAUGUUCAACAUAAGCAGCAAGUGUUGAAUAACAUAACAACAGUUCUUUUGGGAAGAGUAGCGGAUUUCCACAAUAUUUUAUUGGAUCCCCCUAAGAAAAUGCCGUUGGAACUUACUUUUGGUGUAUUGGAUCCUCCUCUGGGUCAAACUAGAUUACAAGUAUUGAAGUUGUUCGUUUCAGUGAUAUCAUUGAAAAAUGAUGAACUAUUGCUGAAAAUGAUGUCUUUAGGAACUUUCUCAACGAUAUUAGAUCUGUUCUUUAAAUAUUCGUGGAAUAAUUUUCUACAUACACAAGUAGAGAAGUGUUUGGUACUUGCUCUGAAACAUUACGUAACUGAAGAUAGUGAUGAUACUGCAGUUGCCUUAUGUAAACAUUUUAUAGAGAAUUGUAAACUAAUAGAAAGAAUAUUAGAAGCUUGGGAGGAAAAUGACAAACAACAGGAAGCCAAAGGUGUUCGACAGGGUUACAUGGGCCAUUUAAUAAAUAUAAUGAACGAAAUAAUCAAUUGUUGUUCCAAAAGUUACUUAGGUCAUUUCCUCAAAGAAAAUCAUCCCGAGAUUCUCACAAGAUUAGAAGCCUUUAAAGACACCACUCUCGCAGAAAUUAAUAAAACGCAGAAAAUAUUAUUGGGAGGUUUCCAUCCCAAUGGAUCAAAUAAUCAAGACAGUGGUGAUUUUGGUGAUUCAAAUCUUUCCAAUUCUAUCGAUUCGCAGCAACAGAUGUUCGCUGAAUACCAGAUGCAGUAUCUGAGUUCAAGGUAUAUAGAAGGUUAUUAUAGUGGUUUCAAUGAUGAUGCAUUCAAUGAAGCUGGUGGCAACCCUUUGCAGUCUUUAGAUCCAGAAAUACCCAUAGAUAUGAACUUCUCAGAUAAUAACACCUUCUCCUUUCAAGCGUUCAAGCAACUGUGUUCUCAGAGUAUCAACACGUUAGAUGAUGCCGACGAUCAAAUAUUUGAGGAUAAGGAUAACACUUUCCAGACAGUUAUUGAGAAACAAGAAGAUCAAAAGGAAGAUAAGUUAGACAGUAGUGAUAGUGAUGAUGAUAUAACAACUGAGGAUGAUAUGGAUCCUUGGUCUACUGUGAAGGCAAAAGUGGAUGAAGUGGAAACUCCGAAGGAUCCUUGGAAUACUUCCGCAGAUGAAAAACAGUCGGAAUUUGAUAAUCCCGAUUCGUGGGCCGACUUCUCAUCAAUUUCGGCCGAUAUGCUUGAUUGCAAUGCAGAUGGAAUAAGCAAGCCAGCUUCCUCUUCGAACUUGCCCGAAUCAACAAAUGACUUUGACGAGAGAUUGUUCAAUGUUGUGAAUGGAUUAUUCGAUGUCGGUGUGAAUUCGAAUAAAUUCAAUAAAAGUGAUAUUACUGAUGGCGGUAUACAACAAGCAACAGAUGGUGAAGUUGCUGCUUGCCAACAAGAGGCAGAAAUCAAUAUUGGUGAAUUAACGUUAAAUGAGCCGUCCAAGAAUGUUUCACCUGUUAUCAACACAUUGGACAAAGAGUGUCAUGAUUCCCCAAAGUCAAAUGAAUGAUGUAUCAACAUAUCAAGAAAUGGUAGUUCAGGGAUUCAAUUUCUUAAAGAAAUUUCAUGAUUUUUCCACUAUUGUGACUCUAAAAUAAUAUUUUCAAGUGUUACUGGUUCUUCCUAUAUUAACGUUCUUUUUAGUGGAAUUUUCUACUUUAUCUUUUUCAAUUAUAUUUUAGUGAUCACUAGAAUUACUUUAUAUACCUGGAUUUUUGAAUCUUUUUGAUUCCUUCAGAUAUUUUCAAAAAUGUCAAAAUCAUUGAUAUUGGGUUAUUCAUUUGGAAUUAUAUAUUUUACAAAACGCAUCUUUAUGCAGCCAAAUUUGAACCUUGCUCUUGUAUUUAGGGAAGUUUUUUUCACAUUUUAAUUAGAAUAUAAAAUCGAAGCUUAGUACUUCCCUCCAUUUUUUUUUUUAGAUGAUAAUUGGUUUCCUGUGUGAAGAAUGGCACACUUGCACAAAAAUUAUGUUUAUGAUUUUAGUGCUGCUGUAAUAUAAUUCGUUGAAUCACCGCCAACGCGUUCUGACUUGAUAUUAAGGAGAUAUUCUUUUCAAUUUUGGGAAAAGCUCUUCGGAAAGUAAAAAGUAUUAACAACAAUCAUUCUAAUGGAAAAUCUAUAUACUCCAUAACGAAAUAUGAGCUUUUCAAAUAAUUUUCAGUAUUUUGCUGGAAAUACUUGAGAAAAAUAUAAAUUAUAAAGUGGAAUAUUGUAUUGUACUUCUGCUGAUGAAUGUAAAGCUAAAAAUAAAUUAUAGUUGAGAACAGAAAUAAUUUAUGGAGCUGUGCCUAACAUUCACUUGGAAUUUUGUGCAUUAUUAAAUUUUUUCAUACAUUCUUGAAAGGAAGAUUCAUAAUUAAUCUUUUAUUUUAUGUAGCAAAGACAGUUUUAUAUUAAUAUUCUGUUGAAUAAUAAAAUAUUUCGCUACCCCAAAUAUCUACCAAUCUUUAUAAAUAAUAUUGCAGACUAGAAAGAAAUUGGAACAAUUGUGAAUUUUAAAAAUCAUUUAAAUAAAGCUUGUAAAAUAUCUAA